GCGCCUGCAAGUGGACAAAAAGGAAACAUGGCGAUGCCGCGAAGGGGCCAUAAGCAAACACCUUCGGUGCGCGUCCAUAAUAGUUCGGUUUUCCUUGGCAAUGGUCGGGUAAUUGUAGAAGAGCGUAGUUCCCUUCUCGGCUGCCGUGACGAGUGUCUUCGAAGAGGAGGGAUCUCCACCAUCCUCUCUCUCUCUCUCUCUUCCUCGACUUAUCUCCUUGGCCUUUGUCGGCACUGAUAUCUCAUUCUGGGGUGUUGCGUGCUCUUGGACCUCGUAGUGUAAACCGGAGAGGAGGAGUUUCUUCGGUUUGAUCGGUGGAAUGGAGGCGAACCGCUGGAGGCCUGUCCGGGAGGAGGCCUCCGCGGCCACUUCGGAUGGGAACUCUGCCGACUGGAGGGCCCAACUCGAUCCCCGGGCGCGUCAAAGGGUUGUAGAACAGAUAAUGGAGGCUUUGGAGAUGCCAAUGCUAGUCUCUGAGCCUGAGGAUUUAUAUGGACUUCAGAAAAUUGCUCUUGAGUUUGAGGAGAAGAUAUAUACUUCAGCUGCUAACCAGGAUGAUUAUGUGAGGAAAAUUUCUCUGAAGAUGGUCUCAAUUAAGAAUAAGCCUCAGCAUUCUACAUCAAUCAACCCUUCAAUGUCCAACAGGACAGUUACCAACCAAAAUUCUGCAGACCCAGAUCUCAGUCAGCCCAAUGUGUCCGGUGUUAGCCAGACAUCCAACCUACAAAACAUGGCUCUCAUAUCACAAAACUCUGCCAACAACUCUUUGGGGCAAGCUGCAGUGCCAGAUAUUCUUACAGACACAGAAGGGCGAAUGCAGGGAUGGCGACAACAGCAACAUCUAUCACAAAAUCGAUAUCUAUACCAGCAUCAGACAACCCAACUGCAAUAUUCUCAACAGCCUUCAAUGCAAAUGGCAUCCUGUUUCCAGUCAGGCCAGUCGGCCAUUCAACUGACACAGCCUGGAGCAAUCCAGUCAGCUGGGCAACCUGGCCUUCAACAAAAUCAGCAAAAUUCAGUUCAGCAAUCUGUGUUGCCCUUGCUUCAGCAAUAUCCACAAUCAGAUGCCAGACAGCAACAGCAGCCACAGCGUACCAUGCAGCAGCAGCAGCAUCCUACUUCAGCUUUUCAGCAAUCUAAUCUGGCCAUGCAUCAGCAUCAGCAUUCAAUUGUCCAACAGACCCACCUGCUUGGGAAACAAGCAAGUGUCACAGAGAUGCAACAACAACCACAAAGAAUGGCAGUUCCACAGAAUUAUCAUUUUAGCAUGCAAUGGGUCCAGCAUUUGUUGAAUCAACAGAAUUUUCUCUUGGAUCAGCAGCAGCAGUUAGGCACCCAAAGUAACUAUAACUAUUCAGGGCUUCAGCAACAGCAGCAAAUACAUGGAUCAGUAUAUAAUGUCUCAAAUGUGCAGCCACAACAGUGCCCUAUGCAUAUGCCUCAGCCACCAUCUGCAAUGCCGCAAACGCAAGGUCAACAGCACGAACAUCAAUCAUCACAGCAGCAACUGCUUUCUCAGUUCAAAUCUCAGCCGGUUCCAUUGCAGCAGCCAUUGGUAAAACAACAUUCAAGUUCUUUACAACCAGCCACGCAACAAAGAGUUCAAGGUUCAGGGACACCGAGUUUCACAACUCAAGCAGGACAUAUUGAUGAUGUUGAUUGGAAGGAGGAGAUUUAUCAAAAGAUAAAAUCCAUGAAAGAGCUGUACUUUGCAGAAUUGAGUGAACUUUACCAAAAGAUUGUGAUGAAAUUUCAGCAGCAUGAAGUUCUUAUGUCAUUUGCAAAGACAUCAGAAUUGUUUGAGAAAAGGAAACGUUUUAAGAUCAUGCUAGAGCAUAUAUUACAAGUUUUGCAAUUUUCCAAGAGCAAUAUUGAUCCUGAUUUGAAGGACAAAAUUCCUCUGUAUGAGAAACAAAUAAUAAAUAUUCUAGCUUUAAAUAAGAUAAAUGUUGCUCCUUCACGGUCACAUGGACAGCAACAAUUCCAGCAUCCUGGUGGACAUUCUCAAUUCAUGCCUCAUCAAUCUCAAGUUCCUGGACAACAUGACAAUCGUACAAAACAGCAAAUAAAUCUUCAAGGUUCAACAACUUCGAUGCAGCCAGCUGCUGUUCCAGGCUUGCAACAUGGUUCUAUACUUUUAUCAGAUGCUGGUGUUACAACAGCUCAACAGAAAAUCACAAGUGCAUUACAGACUGAUUCUAUGGUUGAGACUGUCCAAGGGAGUUCUUUUAGGUCAUUGCAGCAGGGAGCAAUUGCAUCCACACAAGGUGGAUUGAUAUCUGGGCAAAGUUUUGUUAAUGUUCCUCAACAGACGACUGCUAAUGCUAUGUCAGAUGGCUUGAUAGAACAAUACCAUGCCAAUACCAAGCAACCAAGUUCUAGUGCAACACAACAGCAGCAGCAUUUUAAGCAGCAGGAACAACAACAAAAGCAGCACCACCUGAAUCAUAAUCACCAAUUAGAGCAGCAAUUACGACAACAUCAAUUGCCACAACUAUUUCAGAAGCAGCGGCUCCUGCAGCAACAGCAACUACAACAUCAACAGCAACAGAAAAAUCAACCACAAGCACCACAGACACCAGUGCACCAGGUGCCACAGCUUAAUCAAACAAAUGAAGUCAAUGAGUUGAAGUUGGGACAAGGCCCUGACAUUAAGCAGGGACUUUAUCCACAUCAUUACUCCACUAGGCAACACCCUAGUUACUAUCAGCAAAUAAAAUCAGGUGCUUCUUUUCCAUUUUCAUUCCCUCAAGACUUUCAAGCUUCAUCCCCCCAAAUUUCUUGCCAUUCUCCUCAAAGUGAUCAGCAGAGUCUCCUACCAUCUCAAAUAAAAUCUGGAACCCCCUUGCAGUCGGCUGAGUCACCAUUCAUUCCAUCUCCUUCCACUUCUAUAACCCUCUCUUCUGUUCCAGCAAAUGAGAAACAACUUUCUGGUGUUAUGUCACUACCAAAUGCAGGAAACAUUGAGCAUCAACAAGCAGCUGUAGCACCUUCUGAGGCUCAAUCAUUCACUGUCACGACACCUGGAAUAACAGCGUCACCUUUGCUGGCAGAAUUUACCAGUCCAGAUGGCAAUCAGAAUGAUAUUCCAAAUCUGGUUGUUGGGAAAGCAAGUACAACAGAAAAGCCUCUCGAACGUUUAAUAGAAGUGAUACGAUCAUCAACACCCACAACUCUUAGUUCUGCUGUUAACGAUAUCAGGUCUGUUGUUAGCAUGACAGACAGGAUACCAGGUUCAGAAACAGAAAAUGGUUCUAGGGCUGCAGUUGGUGAAAAUUUAAUCACCAAAAAAAGGAACCGUGACACAAGUGCCAUGCCCUUGAACAAUCUGUCAUCAGCUGGAAGUGUAAAUGAUAGAGAUAAACAAACCUAUACUGUUGAUACAUCUGAAUUACAGUUGACUGUGACAUCACGAGUUAAGCGGCAGAAAGUUGAGACGAAUCAUGCUUUACAUGAAGAGAUCAGGGAGAUAAACCAACGGCUAAUUGGUACAGAGAUAAAAAUAAGUGAUGUGGACACCGAUCCGAUAUCUGCUGCUUCGAACGGCAAAGGAACAAUUGUGAAAUUUUUCUUCACUCCUUUGAUUCGAUCUCCAAUCUCAAAAUCUUCAUAUACUAUGAGUCGAAUUCAGCCUUUGAAUUUGCUUGUUCCUGCUAGUUAUCCAAAAUGUUCACCUGUUCUUUUGGACGAGCUUCCAGAUGAGCAAAGCAGGGAAUCUGAAGAUCUAUCUAUCAAGGCUAGGUCAAGGUUCAACAAUUCUCUCCGAGGCCUAUCACAGCUGGUCUCACUAGGAGAACUGGCAAGGACAUGGGAUGCCUGUGCCCAUAAAGUACUGGUAGAAUAUGCACAACAGACUGGCGGAGGUACCUUCAGCUCAACAUAUGGCACUUGGGAAAAAUGUGUAGGUGUUUGAUGCUCCAUUUGUCUGAGGAUGCUUGCCGGAUUUAGUUAGAGAGGUUUAGCAGAUAACCUAUCACUCUGUACAUACAAUUACUUGCUCCCAAAGAUGAAAAUUUCAGCCCUCAUAUUCCCAACAAAUGAAUUGGGCCAUGCUUGUAACAUUUACCAGGUCAUCAAAAUUUUUUCUUGUAUUACUGUAGUGUUGUCUGUAUCGUUCAGUACUACUAAAUGGAAAAUGCAUCAUUGGAUAUGAGUUGUAUAGGUGGUCUCCGACUCUCUCGCAUGUGACAUUCAAAUUUGUAAAAUAAUUCUGUAAGUAAUAUCAAUCUCAUAUUUUCUGA